AUGGCUCCCACGGACACUUUCACCAUCACUGCCGGCCCAGGCACCGACAUUUGGCGCAAGCCCCCGACCACCGAUGUCUUCAACGCGCCCACCGCCCUCCCGCCUCCCGGGGUCCAACCCCUGCGCAACUCCGGACCCCUGACCUCCUUCCUCUCCGCCCGCAUUUCGUUUAACUUCACGGCACAAGAACAAUAUGACCAGGGCGGCAUCCUCCUGAGCUUCUUCCGGCGCAACGCCGACAAGUCUGCCAACAAGGCGGACGGCCCACCCCCGAAAUGGAUCAAAUCGGGCAUCGAGUUCUACAACGGCGCGCCCCGCCUCUCCACCGUGUCGUGCGAUAACUGGGCCGACUGGUCCGUUGCUGACCUCAACAGGGAGGGCGGCGGGGGGAAGGGUAAAGAAAUUGGGUGGACGACCAUUCAGAUAGAGAAGGACAAGGACGGCAAUGGCACGGGGGUGUGGGUCUACAGAGUGGUGGAGGAGACCGGGGAGAAGAUACCGCUGCGCGAGAUAUGCUGGGUGUUUGGGGACUCGCCCGAGGAAUGGGAAGUGGAGGUGUAUGCGAUGGCGGCACGGCCUGAGAAAGAGGUGGAUGGGGGGUUGGUGGUUGAAUUUGCUGGGUUCGAGGUCAAGUGGAAGGACUGA